UUACAUUCAUACACUUACUGUAGACAGAGGAAUCAUGGCUACGAUUUCCAACAGCACAACAACAGCUGAGGACUAUUCUGAAUACAACAAAAUCUUGGAUAAGUACACAGUCUGCAACAUCACCAAGAUCAGAGAUUUCAGCCGAGUCUUCCUCCCCACCCUCUACAGCAUCGUCUUCAUUGUGGGAUUCAUUGGCAACAGCCUGGUGUUGUGUGUCCUGGUCAAGUACCACAAAACAUACAACGUGUCAGAUCUGUGCCUCUUCAAUCUGGCACUUUCAGACCUCCUCUUCCUGAUCUCAUUGCCUUUCUGGGCUCACUAUGCUGCAGUCACUGAGUGGAUUUUUGGGAACUUCAUGUGCCAUGCUGUGACAGCGCUCUACCUGCUGGGAUUCUAUGGAAGUAUAUUCUUUAUGAUUCUCAUGACUGUGGAUCGCUAUGCUGUGAUUUUCCAUACAAAUAAUUUCCUUUUCUUAAAGCACCGAUCUCUCAGAGCUAGAAUAACCCUGGCUUUGUUUAUGUGGGCACUUAGCUUGGUAGCCUCUCUACCAACUAUUAUUUUCUUGCAGGAAAAUAAAGAUGCAGAUGGCUGGAAAUGCAGAUCAGAACAUCAACAAAGAUUAGCAUGGAAACUAGUCUCUUACAUCGAGCUCAACAUCCUUGGCUUGAUCAUUCCCCUUUCAGUGAUGGUGUUCUGCUAUUCGCGCAUCAUCCCCAUCUUAAUGACCAUAAAUUCUCCGAAAAAACACAAAGUUGUCAGGCUCUUCCUGGUAUUAAUUAUUGUUUUCUUCCUCUUCUGGACACCAUACAACAUUGUCAUCUUCCUGAAGUUCCUUCAUAACUUAGGCUACAUGCAAAGCUGUGAGUGGGAUCAGGACCUGCACAUGGCUAUGCAGUGGGUGGAAACCAUAGCGUUCAGUCACUGCUGCCUGAAUCCGAUAAUUUACGCCUUUGUGGGGCAGAAAUUCAGGAAUUUGUUUUGGAAGAUCCUGAAAGAGUGGUUUCCUGUUCGCUUGAGCUGGUGUUCAACAACUGAAAGCGAGUUUCCAGAGAGAAUGACCACCUUGCACACAUACAUUUCCAGCGCAUAGUCAAGAGUCUAAUAGGUUUAUAAUUCAUAUGUACAUGUCAUGC